UAAGUGAAAGUGAAAGUAAAGUGUGAAACUCCACCACCCUUUUCCUCCGUUAUUUCUGGAACAGACGUCGUGUUACAUUCUGUUCGUUGCCAAAUUAGCCUUUCGACAGUUUUGGUUUAUUUUUCUAAACUCCUAAUAGUUUUAUUCUCCAGUUACAAACAGCUUUACCUUGGAGUCAGACUUGUUUUGUUCGUGAAAUGAAGACCUUUCCGACCUCGGCGGUCUGGUGUUUUGGGAUUCUGUUCAUCAGUGUUUCAUUGAAAACGACAGGGUCGUCUGAGGUUCAGGUUGUUGGACCGGCUGAUCGAGUCGUUGCCUUAGCUGGUGAUGACGUCAUUCUACCAUGUUCCCUGAAACCCAUUGUCAGUGCUGAGGACAUGGUAGUGGAGUGGACCAGAUUGAACUUGAAAGCAGAAAAGGUCCACCUUUACCUUGACAGAAGAGACUCCAAUAAGGAUCAGUUUCCAUCCUACAGGGGAAGAACAUCAAUGUUUCAUGAUGAACUGAAGAACGGCAACGUCUCCUUAAAGCUGAACAGAGUGACUCUCUCUGAUACUGGAAGCUACAGGUGCUUCAUCCCAACACUGACCAGCCGGGUGAAGAACACCACCGUUCAACUCUUUGUUGGUGCUGUAUCUCAGCCAGUGAUCUCUAUUGUUGGAACUAAAGACUGGGGGGUGGUCCUGAAGUGUGAGUCUGGAGGCUGGUUUCCUGAACCUCAGAUGGAGUGGCUGGACAGUUCUGGAACCUUCCUCCCUGCUGAUGGACCUCCAGAGAGACACAGAGACUCAGAGGACCUCUACGCUGUGAGACAACAUGUCACUGUGAACAAGACUGACACCAACAGGUUCACCUGUAGAGUUCAACAGACGAAGAUCAACCACCUGAAGGAGACUGAGAUUCAUGUCCCAGAUGAGGUGUUUCCUAAAUCACAAGUAGGGUUGAUUGUAGGUCUGUCAAUAGCAGCAGCAGCUGUUGCAGUUCUUGCAGCUUCAGUUGGUGUCUACAUGUGUUGGAGAAAACAUAUUGAAGAGAAGAAGAAGAUUAGAGAAGAACAACGUGAUGCCCUGGUUGUGAACAUACACUCCUGUUACCUCAUUCAGAAUGUUACCAUGGUGAUUCCCAUAGCAUUUUACUUGAUCCGUUCUGAGACGUACUCUAAGAUUGCUGCCAGGACCAGAAAGUACCAGAUGGAACUGUUGUACGAGGCUCUAGACUUUGGAGGGGUAAAAAUGAAAUCAGACUUUUACAGGAUUCUACUGGAUCUGGAACCUGACCUUCUCAUCGACCCGGAUUCAAAUGAGGAAGAACGUUACCUUUAUGUUCUCAGUCAAAACCUGUCUAGACAGCUGGAGAAGGUUAUAAAACAGAGGGAUUCAAGUGAGGAAGUCCAUUACCUUUAUGAUCUUCAAAACCUGACAAGACAGCUGGAGGAGGUCAGAAAAGAAAACGAUUCAAAUGAGGAAGAAUGUUACCUUUAUGAUCUUCAAAACCUGACUGGACAGCUGGAGGAGGUCAGAAAAGAAAACGGUAAGUUGUGCUUCCACAACUGCAUGUAUUUCAUUGAUUUAAGUGAAAACAUUUUCCUUAAAAAUAUUUGCACUAUAUAUUACACAGGGUAACUACACUAUAUAUUACACUGGUUAACUACACUAUAUAUUACACUGGUUAACUACACUAUAUUAAC